AUCAUUCAUUCAUACAUGUAUCGUUUCUCCAUUAUCUCCCAGCAAUGCCUAUGUUUAAGCCUAAUCAUGUCUUCCGAGGAGCACCCUUCUUUGUUAUCUUUUACUUGUUCAUGCUGCCAUCUUUGCACUGCAAAGAGGAUCCCCGAUACACACAGUGCAAGCAACCUUUCAACUGUGGUAACAUCACAAACAUAUCAUACCCUUUCUGGGGAGGACCUAAUCGCUCCCAAGAGUGCGGUCGCUCAGGCUUCGAGCUCACCAACUGCGAAGACGAGACUCAACUUCCCCACAUAAAAAUCGAAGAGUUGGAUUUCCAUGUAUCCAGCAUCAGCAACCAAGAGCUUUUUCACACCAUGACACUAGCUCGCUCCGACCUCUGGGACAGUCCUUGUACUCAGCUCCUCGUCAACACCACUCUAAACUACACCCGGUUCUCUUACGUCCAAACUGUUCGUAACCUCACCUUGUACUACGGCUGCGACCCUCAACAUGACCGAUCCGUCCCCAACAAUUUUACGUGCAAAAUAGAAGGCACAACCAAGGAUAUUUCAUACUACUUGGAUGAUUCUCUAUCAAGGGUGGUUGAGGAUCUGAAUAGAUCCUCAUGUGUUACCAAAAUCCGAGUCCCCAUUUUUUGGGAGGAUUUUGAUGAUAUGCCUGAGAAUGCAACGGCAGAAGUGGAAAAAGUUUUGAGACAAGGGUUUCAGGUUGAGUUUAGCGCGGAUUGGGAUCUAUGUAGGGGAUGCUUGAACUCCAAUGGCACCUGUGUAUCCAACGCCACAACAGAUUCGUUUCUCUGCCUUUGUGGGGAUGGAUUCUCCAAUUCUAUUUGUCCAAUUCAUCGUGAUACUGGAGCAAGAAAUUGGAAAAGAAAGGUUGUUAUUGGUGUUACUGCUGCUGGAGCUCUGACAGUAUUACUCUCUGUUAUUGCUGUUAGCGUUCGUUGUAUUAAGACAAGGAUAAGUGAGACAAGGAAUGAUCGGUGUCUUGAAGCCUUUGUUCAGAACAAUGGACCUCUAGCAGUGAAAAGAUACAAAUUUUCAGAUAUCAAAAAAAUGACCAAUUCAUUUCAAGAUAAGCUGGGAAAAGGAGGUUAUGGGGAUGUUUAUAAAGGGCACCUACUUGAUGGUUUUCCUGUGGCAGUGAAGGUUCUUAAUGAAUCCAAAGGAAAUGGAGAGGACUUUGUUAAUGAGGUUGCAAGCAUUAGUAGAACUUCCCAUGUUAAUGUUGUCACUCUUCUGGGUUACUGCUUUGAAGAUAAGAAAAAAGCGCUGAUAUAUGAGUUCAUGCCCAAUGGAUCACUUGAGAAGUUUAUAUACAAAGACACUGAUCCUUUGAAAACUAAUUCACACUUGGAGUUGGAAAAACUCUUUCAAAUUUCUACUGGGAUAGCUCGAGGGCUCGAGUACUUGCAUCGUGGGUGCAACACACGAAUCCUGCACUUUGACAUAAAACCACAUAAUAUUCUUUUGGAUGAAAAAUUCUGCCCAAAGAUUUCUGACUUUGGUCUUUCUAAACUUUGUACGAGGAAGGAGAGUAUUAUAUCAAUGUUGGACGCUAGAGGGACAAUUGGGUACAUAGCUCCAGAAGUUUUCUGCAGGAACUUUGGAGGAGUAUCUGCUAAGUCUGAUGUCUAUAGUUAUGGAAUGAUGAUUCUGGAAAUGGUUGGAGGAAGAAAGAACAUUGACGCUCAAGUGAGCCACACCACUGACACCAGUGAAAUUUAUUUUCCAGAUUGGGUUUAUGAGCAUCUUGAGCAAGGCAGCAAUUUCGGGUUGGUCAAUGCAGUGACUGAAGAGGAAAAGGAAAUCACGAGGAAGAUGAUCUUAGUGGGAUUGUGGUGCAUACAGACAAGGCCAUCAGAUAGGCCAUCCAUGAGUAAAGUGAUUGAAAUGUUGGAAGGAAGCAUUGAAGCCUUGCAAACACCACCAAAGCCUGUCCUAUCUUCUCCUGUAAGAUCAUCAACACCAAAAUCUACCACUUUAUCAACAAUAAGUUGAUUUCUUUUCUAGAUUGCUUGAUGUAUAUUUUUCACUACCUUGUUACUCUUAAGAGCAUUUGGGUAGUAAUCUUUUCUCAUUAUCAGUUUUUCAGAGUUCUUAUCUUGUCAUGUACUUUUGUUGUUCAUAUGAGAGGUGAAGUA